AGGAUAAUAAUUGUGGGCCCGUUUGGGGCGCCGCGGUCCCGGGUCAUGCUUUGAAAGCGAGGUUUUGUCCCGGAUCGGGGGUGCAUUGCGUGCCGACCUCGGAUCAUGAUUGAAGCUGACAGUGUGAUUUGAAAGGGUUUGUUUCAGCCUUCCGGAUCUGAGAUUGGACAGUAGGGAAUACAAGUACCGGUGUGUUGGUUCUGCAAUACGGUAAGUAAAAUUAUCCAGCUUAAUAAUAUUAUAGAUGCGCUGUGCGAGUAUCGGUACUCGAGUACAGUACUCGUACAGUACCGGCACUCGUACUGGGUGCAGAUCGGGUUAAAGUGCAAGAUGAUCUUCCAAAGUUUAAACCUAUGAUUAUCGAGAUAAGGAAACCAAACUGCAAUCAGUAUCCUGGGCUGUUUGGCACCGAAUGAUUUCAAAGCAUGUGCAAUACAUUUUUGAUAGGGUCACCCAAAUCGUGCUUUCAAGUCAUGAUCGCAGGCGGUCCAAUUCUUCGGGAGGAUCACAUGCCCUCAGAGUGAGCCGGUGUGGAGGAGGGCGCAAAGAGGAAGGUGCCGGAUCUUUAUCCCUCCCAUCGCCCAAGACAGUGCGUGCUUUGCCGGUAGUUCUCGUUUGUUCUCGGUAUAAAUUUACUUCUGGUUAUGCGCGUUCUGAAGCGUGCGCAUCUACAAAGUUUUAGUGUUGGAAAACUGUCGUUGCUUACUAGCGACGACAGGAGUGGCAAGAUAUUUUUAAGGUUCCCGCAGUCCAGGGGAUAGCCUUGUGCUUGAAGAGCGGAGGGGCCCGUCCUCAGACUUCCUACCCCUCCCUCUCGCAGAAAUCCAGUGUCCCUAGAGCAGGAUGUACUGUACUGUAGCUUGGGGACGCUCGGAAACUUUUUUGCCGGUGGUUGGUGGCAAUAUUUUGGGAACUGUAGGUAGGCAGUGACAGGGAAUUCUCAGCCGUGGUUGACCAGACUGAUGUGUUGAAUUUCUAGGAUAAGGGGGGUAAGGCUUGCUGGAACGGCACUUAGGGGAGCUAUAAGGCAUGAGAAUCAUUGCAGAUAAAACCGACAAUACAAGUACAUAUCAGUGUACAGUACCGGUACGGUCCUGUACGGUACGUGUAUCCAGCAAUCUGCUCUCUCCUCACAGUGGUCCACAGAUCACUGAGCUCUUUCACCGCGGGUGGGAAGAUGUAACCUUUUUUUCUUCCUGCAUGAUACCGAUACCCUUGGUGCUCCAAGUUCUGGAAUCGGGAACGAUAUGCUGAUCGUAAUGUGUUAUUGGUACGGACGAGUACAUAUCCAGGGCUACGUUUCUUCCUUGUGCUUCCUGUGGGUUCCUCGGGCUGCUGUUCGGACCUUGGUUUCCUCAUUUGUGAGAGGAUACCGUUGUGCGUUACUGAGUCGGUGUUUGUAUCAAAGUCUUAGUUCUAGACUAUAUAUCGUACAGCUGGCGAGACAAACGUGGGAUCUCAUCUCAGUCCAUCCAUGCCUUCCCCCAUCCUGGGCGGCAGGAUGUGUAAAAUGCAGUGGGCG